AUGACCCACUCUAGUGCUACAACUGCUACAACGACUGCCACUCCAGUGCCGCAACCUAGCGGAACGAGUUCCGAAACACUGGCCGCUAAUACUUCCACUUUCGUGCCACCCCAACACAUGUCGCCCGAGGAUGCCAAGAACACCACGGACGGGGAUCCUGAGGAGGAGCUGAAGAUGAAGAUUACGGAGAGUCUUGAAGCUCAUCGAAUCGCGUCCGAGGCCACUGUGAAGAUGCUUCAUAGAAACGUUGAGCGGCCGGCUAAUGCUUCCGCCAAUCUAUCUGGUGGAAAUUUAGACGAUAUUUCGGGUUGGCCCGAUGAAGACCCGGACGUAAUUCGAGGGAAUAGAACGAAAUUCAAGAAAUUAUUCCCACACAGUGAGGAAGGCGUCCUCGUUAACUCCAGUCUGCCGUAUGAGCUUCGCGUCAAAGUGCUUAACCUCAGCGGACUGCAGCUGCUACUGGGCAUAUGA